AUGUUAACGACCAGCCCUCAAGCUGGGCCCGGGCAUCGCCUUGUGGAUUUGAGCUCCAGCAGUCCUCGCUCAGCGUUGCGGGUUGGCCGUCCACUGCAACGUCAUGUUCCUCUCAUAUCUAAGCGAUCGCUUGUUUUGCGGUCAGCUUCUGAAACUUAUAGCCGCGACGUAACGGCGCCUCGUCUCAUCCAGCACAAGAACGAGGCUUACUGGUUCUAUGCUGGCCUUAGCCAGGUCUAUGAUCACAUCGUAAAUCCGGGCCACUGGACUGAAGACAUGCGAGAAGCGGCUUUGGUCCCAGCUAUGCUGGAUAAUCCAGAUUUAAAAGUUGUCGAUGUGGGUGGUGGAACUGGCUUUACUACUCUUGGGAUUGUCAAAGCAAUUAAGCCUGGAAAUGUGACGCUGAUCGACCAGUCUCCACACCAGUUGGCCAAGGCAAAGGCGAAGCCAGCCUUGAAGGGCGUCACAAUUCUCGAGGGCGACGCGGAGGACCUCCCCUUCCGCACGGACUCAUUCGACCGCUAUGUCUCGGCGGGGAGCAUCGAAUACUGGCCGGAGCCGCAGCGGGGCAUUAAGGAGGCGUAUAGGGUCAUCAAAGAGGGCGGCGUCGCCUGCGUCAUUGGUCCUGUACAUCCGUCAUUUUGGCUGUCUCGUUUUUUUGCUGAUGUAUGGAUGCUGUUUCCCAAGGAGGAAGAGUACAUUGAGUGGUUCACCAAGGCUGGGUUCGUGGACGUUAAGAUUACGCGCAUCGGGCCUAAGUGGUAUCGCGGGGUUCGUCGGCAUGGCCUCAUCAUGGGCUGCAGCGUCACGGGUGUUAAGCCGAAGGCUGGAGAGUCGCCGCUGGUGAUGGGACCAAAGGUCGAGGUCAGCGGCAAGAUGAAUAGCAACCCCCUGUCGUUCUUGCUGCGGCUCAUUAUGGGCACAGCCGCAGGCUUCUAUUAUUUCUGCGUGCCAAUCUAUAUGUACCUCAAGAACCUUAUCUGGCCCAAAAAUUGGCCCAUGUAACUGCUUUCUCGUUGGCUGUGUUUUACGUUUGAUGUUGAUAAUAGAACUUCUUUUGAGGAAUGGAGAGCAAAACGAAGGUUUCUUUAUUUUUUGUCAUGUACUAGGCGUUGGUUCAACCAAUAAAGUGGGCCAAGUAGGCCCACUUCCGUGAUCACGAGUUGCUGUCGUUGCACAACACGCAGUUUUUUAAGCUAUAUUGCUUGCACAUCCCACUCAUCCAUCUCACCCUUGGACGCGUCUGAAGGGAUACUUUUCUGUGAAGGGACGACGCAUGCAUAAGUUGCAGGUGGUGAGGCCUGUCGUGUGGUGGUGCUUACCCUGGUAUGGACUACUCAUUGCUUAUUGAUGAAAUUGUAUAGUGGGUUGCUGUACGCCAUCGGGAUGUCAUUACGUCCGUUGAUUUUCAUUUCCAUUUGGGAUGUUGCAUGUAUUCUAUCCAGACCGUGGAGAAGUCACCGUGGAAGUUCCAGCUUCCUUGAACGUAACCCUCAUGACAUACCAUGCUGCAAUUUUUAAACCAG